GUUUUGCCACUUGACAAAUCGGCAGUCAGCUGUCACUGUCACCAACUUGCUGAACCGGCACCGCUACUUUACACAAGUGUAUCAAAUCUCGUAAAAUAUUGUUAAGUUAAAGUUCAUAACUUAACUUGCGUUUUAUCGCGUAAGUAAUAUUUCAUCGGUUAUAACCUAGUAAAUAAUAUCUACUUUAAAAAUUAUGGGUGUUAUUAGGAUUCUAAGACGGUCUGUUUUAUUAUUGUUGUUAUUAAGUGAAUUGAUAGGAAGUAAAAAAUAUUCUCCCAGUUCCAAUGGAGCUCAAAAAUUAAGUGAAUGUAAACGCUGUAAGAUUUUAACAGAAUCCUUUAGUCACUGGCUUGACAAGACUUCUAGAGGCAAAUACGAAGGAGGCGAUGCAGCUUGGGAGGAAGCGAAAUUAAAAUCAUAUUCACGCAGUGAAGUUCGCUUAGUGGAAAUACAAGAAGGUCUAUGUUCAGAACUGAAAAUACAUCAAGACGCAUGCUAUGCUAUCGCAGAAGAAUCAGAACAAGUUCUGGAGAAAUGGUGGUUUGAUGAAAAUUCAGUUUCUCUCGAUUUAUAUACAUGGCUCUGUAUUGAAACCCUUCAACAAUGUUGUCCCAAUAAUCAUUAUGGGGUGGAUUGCUCUCCCUGCCCUCAGGAUAAAAAUAAUAAGAUUUGUGCAGGGCAUGGUAAAUGUGAUGGAGCUGGAACUCGGAAAGGCAAUGGUACAUGCAUUUGUAAAAAAGGGUAUACAGGAGUAUUAUGUGAUGAAUGUGCUACUGGAUUCUACCAAACCAGUGAUAGUUCUUGCAAAGCAUGUCACAAAGCCUGCAAUGGAUGCAGUGGUGAUGGUGCUGCAGCCUGUGAAGCAUGCAACACAGGCUGGGAACUGCAGUCCAGUGUGUGCGUGGAUGUGGAUGAGUGCACAUCCUCUGUGUGUCAACCCCAUCAAUAUUGUACCAAUGUAGAAGGUUCUUACAAUUGCCAUGAAUGUGACUCUUCAUGCAACACUUGUGCCGGUGAAGGCUCCUCUAACUGUACUACAUGUGAACCUUCCAAAGUGCUAUGGUCUGGCAUGUGCAUAGACAAUGAAUUGAAACAAAAUAUUUUAAUAAGUUCUUAUAAACGAGUUGCAUUUUAUAUAGGUUUAAUAAUCAUAAAUUUGUUUAUAUCCCGCCAUGCUUCUAUAUCAGUAGCUUCAUUUCUAAUAUUAGCUGUUGCAAUAUUAAUCUAUAUCUUUGAGAGGAAUUUAAAAUUUAGUACAAUGGAUAUAUUAUGGCACACAUUAGGUAAUUAGAUAAAUUAAUUUUAGUUAAUGUAUGUCAUAAUAUUUGUAUGUAAAUAGAUGUAAUCAACCAAAUAAAAAAACAAUAGUGAAAUUUACCUUAUAAAUUAUUUGCAUGAUGCAUUUAUAGCUGUAAGCAUACUUGAAUAGCACAAUAAUACAACCAGGUAUAUCAAGUUAA